GGGUGGGACUUGACCCGGAAACACUAAGUUGUCUGGUAUCCUGCGUGCUUCCGGGGUUUACAGUACAGCAAGUUUGAAACGUUGUUUUAUUUAUUUCCCUCUGGAUUAAAGCAAACAAUGAACCGAAAAGAAGAAUAUGAUUCUUACGAGAUCGAGGAACCGAGUGAUGAAGAAAGAGCGAGUAGCAGCUCUGAGGAUGAGCUCGACAUUCUUCUUAACGGAACCCCCGAUCAGAAGAAGAAGCUCAUCCGUGAGUACCUGACUGGGGAAAGUGAGUCGUCGAGCGGGGAUGAGUUUGAGAAAGAAAUGGAGGCAGAGCUAAGCGGUACCAUGAAAACCAUGGAGUGCACAUGGACGGCUCCGUCUACUCAAGGUGAGACCUCUCAGCUUGGUGGCAACGCACAAAGCACAGAAAGGGCACAGCAGUCCAAGCAAUAUGACAAUAUAUAUUUUGAUUCUGAUUCUGAUGAAGACAUCCAAGCUGGUAAGAUAGCUGUGAAAACGAAAAAACAGCGCAAUAUGCUCACAAAUGAUGAGUUGUUAUAUGACCCAGAAGAAGAUGAUCGGGACCAGGCUUGGGUAGAUGCCAAAAGAAAAGAGUACAGGAGCCGGAGACGACCCAUUUCAUCUGCACAGAGAAGAAACCAAUCUCAGCCUCUUCCAAGCAGUGAUGCCAUCCUCAACUGCCCUGCAUGUAUGACUACGCUCUGUCUGGACUGUCAAAGGCAUGAGAAAUACAGGACGCAGUACAGAGCCAUGUUUGUAAUGAACUGUAUGGUGGAUAAGGAUGAAGUACUGAGGUAUAAAGCAGCAAAACAGAAGAAACAACGCAGGAAGAAGAUCCGUCCGGACCAUGUGGCCACAUCAACAGAGGAAAAGUCUGAGACAGAGGCAAAAGCAGGACUGACUGACUCCAGGCUGAGUGGGAUGGAUGAAGAAGAGAUCUAUCACCCAGUAAAGUGUACAGAGUGUUCGACUGAAGUGGCUGUAUAUGAUAAAGACGAGGUCUAUCACUUCUUCAAUAUUCUUGCAAGCUAUUGCUGAAGAGAGAAACAAUUCCAACACUGUGUGAAGAAUCCAGCUGCUCUUGCUUGUUUAAGGAUGAGUGUAUUGGGGGGGAAGGACUGAGGGUUUUUCUUUCUUUUUAAUGUGUACUUAUUCACACCGAUGUAAAAUAUCUGUAAAAUGUUCACAUUGUGUUUCAUAGGUUUAAAUGUUUUAAGUGAAUAAAUGCAGGACAGACACUUGA